UAUAUGAUUUCAUUUCGCUAAAAUGAACUGGAUAAGAAAGGUAUUCGCUCUUAUUUCUGUGUUUUUUGUUAUUCCAGCAAAUACAGAAUUAACGUCAAAUGAAUUAAAAAUGUUUGAAGAUCUUGCCACUUAUGUUAAAUCACUGGAGUGGAAACUGAAUAAAGUUGAAAAGAAACUUCAAAACGUAGAAAAUGAACUGGAAGGACAAAAAGAAUUAAACCGUAAGCUGGAAAAUGAACUACAUGCUCAAAGGAUGAUCUUAGAUUUGCUACAGACAAACAAUGACAAACUAAAACAGAAAGGUGAUAUAAUGGAACAGCAAAAUGAAAGUAUAAAACAUUUUCUGGAACAUAUCACGCGCUCUGGGGAUGUCGAUGUGAACGAAAACAUGACUAAAAGUAGUGUUAGACAAACUGCUCAACGACACGUUGGUGACAUAAAUGAAAUACGAGUUGCUCGCCAAGAACGUGAGCAAGUGGCAUUUUCGGCCUACCUAAAGCAUGACUUGUCAAAUCUAGGGCCUGGGCACACAAUACAAUAUGGAGCUACUGUCCUGAAUGAGGGGAACGCUCUCAACGUCCAUACCGGCAUCUUCACCGUCCCGGUUAGCGGCGUCUACUUUUUCUCUUUUGCCUGCGAGGACGACCACAAUCAUCGCAUAUAUGCCGAUAUCCUAGUCGAUGGAACACGCAAGUCGUUAAUUUUAGAAGGACCCGUCGCAAAUGCCCAUUCUAUGGGAACGAACGUAGUCAUCCUACGACUGACCAAAGGUCAAGCUGUCUGGGUCGCCAUUGAUUCUUGGGGUCACGAUGGCCUACUCCAAAACAUCGCCACCACAUUUUCCGGAGCGUUUCUAUAUCAUUAGCUUACAGCGAUUUUCUAUAUAUAUUUUUUUUCAUUUAUGUACAAAUAUCGCUAGUUAGGC